UCAUCAACAACGACAGUCUCUGGGUGGAUAAAAUCCAUCCGAAAGCAGAAGAACGUUUCUUUUGCAGUGCUGACCGACGGAAGCUCAUAUAAGGGCUUACAAGCUGUUUUUCUCAAGGGAAAUGGAUCUGAUAGGCUGACGACAGGAACCGCUGUGCGGUUAACGGGCAAACUCGUGUCUUCGCCUGGUGCUGGCCAGUCGCAUGAACUUUUGGUGGAUGAAGCGCAGGAUGGAGAAGUUGAAGCAUACCCUAUACAGAAGCAUGCCCUCGCAAACGAAUACCUCCGCGACAAUGCACACCUCCGAGCACGCACAUCUCAUAUAGCAGCCAUGGUUAGACUAAGGGACUCGUUAGCCCGUCAAAUGAACGCUUUUUUUGCCGCUCAAGGGUUCUGUUACGUACAUACCCCAAUACUAACGGGCAACGACGCUGAAGGCGCCGGAGAAGCCUUUCGGAUAUCCCCAGUUGAGGGUGUACACCCAGCAUCUAUCACACCACCAUCCUCUCCUCCUCCUGAAACGUCGUUACAACCACCGCCCGAAUUCUUCUCGCGCCCGGCAUACCUCACUGUCUCCCACCAACUGCACUUAGAGGCCCUUGCCACAGCAUUAUCACGGGUAUACACCCUCUCCCCGUGUUUCCGCGCUGAGCGGUCCUUAACUAGUCGACACCUUGCUGAGUUCUGGAUGUUGGAAGCCGAGUGGAUCCUCGGUCCCCACACCAAGGAUCAACGGGGUUUGGACGAAGUGUGCAGUUUUGUGGAAGCGUCUAUUAGGAACGUCGUGCUUCUCGGAGAACAAAGCAUGAAGGACGACAUAGACGUAUUAUGGAAAGACGGCAACGAAAAGAAACGCGCCGCAAUGGAAAAGGCAUUCUCGCAUGUAAAUAGCCAAGCAUGGACGAGAAUGUCUUAUACCCAAGCUGUACAAGAACUGGCCUCUUUCGACCAUGCAAGGGCCAGUUCGAAGUUUGAAUUUAAACCACUAUGGGGUAAGCCCUUACAAAGCGAACAUGAGCGCUGGCUUGCGGACGUGUUGGUGGGUGGACCGGUGUUCGUUACUGACUACCCUGCCUCCCUCAAACCGUUCUACAUGCGCGCAAAUGACACUCGGGAACCAGGGCAGGGAGAGGAAGACACAGUCGCGUGUUUUGAUCUUCUUGUACCUGGGGUCGGUGAGCUUGUUGGUGGGAGUGUGAGGGAGGACAGGGCGGACGUGCUUAAGCGCAAGAUGGAGGAAGCAGGGUUGGGGAGGGAAGCGUAUAAGUGGUAUGAGGAGCUUAGACGGUAUGGAGGCGCUCCGCAUGCCGGUUUUGGCAUGGGCUUUGAGAGGCUUGUUGGGUGGGUUGGGGGUGUGGAUAAUGUGAGGGAGUGUAUCCCAAUGCCUAGGUGG